ACUAGUGAAACGUAAAUAAACAAAAACCUGAACCAAACAGAGAUUUACCUCUACAUUUAUGUUUCUAUUAAUUUAGUUAAGGAGAAUACUGCGUUUUUUUAAUUUAUUUAACCAAAGAAACUAACAUGAAUAUUUAAAAUGGAGAAAAGUAUAAUACCAAAGUUGGCAUUUGCGAUUUUAAAAGAAUCUGAGCAGUUAUACAAAAUUAAAGGAUGUUUUGAAAGUGAUAUUUUAGAAAGUCUGUAUUCAAAUUUUCAUGAUACCUUUCUUGAAGCAUCAGAAUUGUUAGAAAAGUACAAGGUUCAUCAGUAUAGUACUCCAGAUAAACUAAGAACAAUGUACAAGGUUGCCACGUAUAACGAACUACAUACAGUUUUCGAAAAUAUCAAUUAUUGUACCUGUGAUGGUUUUACAAAACAUGUAUUAGAUUUAAAGGAUCGACUUACUUGCAAGCACGUGUUGGCUGUGAGCAUAGCUAGAAGUACAGGGAAAAUUGUUGAAGAAAUAAUAAAUCCGGCAACAUACGAGGAAGUUCUAAAUACACAGCUAGAAUUUUUUGAUGAUUAGUGGUACCGUAUGAUCGAAUAAAAAACGGCGUCAACGAUGGCUGUU